AUGCAUUCUUCUAUCCCGCCAAAUGUAUAUGUGGCGCUCAAGUUGCCGUCAGACGUCACCAAGGUCGUCAAGACAGUGCCUAAUUCGUAUGGCUUUUUGAUCUCUCUUGCGCUGCUUAGAAGUAAUAUAGCUAAUGGUAAUGAUAGGAAUGUAUCCCUGGGGAAGUAUGGUUCAUUUCCGUGCAAUCAGAUUAUUGGGAGGCCGUUCUAUGCCACCUUUGAAAUCGCAGACCAUCCAGACGCCGACGGCCAUGUCCUACACAUCGUCUCCGCCGCCGAGUUACACACCGAAGCUCUGAUCGCUGAUGGUGAGGGUGAUGGGGAUGUUGAAACCGAUGCGAACACACCAACCAUCCCAUUCCCCCAGGAAGACAACAGACACAUAAUCGACCAAAGGAGCACCCAGCAGCUUACGAUGGCGCAGAUCGAGGAACUCAAACAAUCGUCUACACAUGCGGGAAGAGAAAUCAUUUCAAAACUGCUGGAAUCGCACUCUGCAUUGGACCAGAAGACACAGUUCUCACGUGCAAAGUAUAUGCUUAGGAAACGGAAGAAGUAUCUGCACCGGUUCACGGUGGUACCAAUGGAUGUGGGUAUAUUGACUGAAUGGAUGCUUGAGCAGAAGGAUCCAGGGCGGAUUAUGGAAUUGAGGGAUGAGAUGAUAGGUUUAAUCGGAGCUUGGGCUAAUGUGCAUUAUGGGGGUACUGGAGAGGUGGGCGGUGCCAAGGCAGACGAGAUGGUCAAUCGUGAAAAUGGGCGGUGGUUGAUUGUGGAUGAUACGGGCGGGCUAGUAGUCGCUGCUAUGGCUGAAAGGGCAGGCAUACUAUAUCCUCCUGAAGUGCUAUCUGGAGAGGGUCUUCCCAACACUACGAAGCAAGGAGCGAGGCUUAUUCAACCUACGGAGGAUGAGACGCCAGCAGCGGAAGCGGCGUCUGCCUCACACACGACACUAACAGUGAUUCAUCCCAACUUACAGCCGAACUUAAGUAUGCUCAAAUACUUCUCGCACGAUAUCAAUGAACCUUCUGAAACACACCCUCUAUCUACUCAUUUGAAGACUCUGUCAUGGCUGCAGCUUCUCCACCCAUCCGAAGACGCAAUAUAUGAUAUGGAACCACCCAAGAUUGGCGAAGAGGAAUUAGCUAGCUGGAAACCGUCAAAACGGGCAAUGCAUUUUAAAAAGAAACGUCGCUGGACAAGAGUGCGUAAUGCGGUUGAUGAAACCAGAGCCGGCGGGUUCGAUGGCCUAAUCGUCGCAACUCUAAUGGAUCCCACAUCUAUACUCAGACACACGGUCCCACUGCUGGCUGGGUCGGCGCAGGUUGUGGUGUACUCGCCAUACAUUGAGCCGUUGGUGCAGCUAGCUGAUCUAUACUCAACUGCCCGCCGGACUGCGUAUAUCACCUAUAAGCGAGAGGUGGCGGAAGGGGCUGCAGAAGAUAAGGAGGAGGAGUUCCCUGUUGACCCAACGUUGCUGCUAGCGCCCACGUUACACACAUCUCGGGUUAGGACAUGGCAAGUUCUCCCCGGACGAACACACCCUCUCAUGACAGGCCGGGGCGGAGCGGAGGGCUAUGUUUUUCACGCAGUCAGGGUGUUACCCGCAAUGGGGAAGGUAGAAGCCCGCGGCGUUCAAGCAAAGAAACGACGAAAGAUGGCCGACGAGACAGAAAGUUCAUGA